CCGGGGGUUCACGCACUAUUCUCGGACACAUUUGUGAACUGUCGGUUGCAUCUGCACUCAGCUCCCCUCGCCGAGGCUAUGGUGGAGCUCGGCGUGUGCUGACACCUCCGAUGGGCUGAGCGCAGCGACGCUUCGCUCCUCGCACCUCCAGGAAUUAGACGCGUCCUGCUCGGGAACACCUGGGAGACAUGGGAGAGCGUUCACCCCGCGGACUUUAGGCCGAGCAGGAGGGAGCAACUCCGGGUCCGUGUGCGCAGGAGAACCCGCUAUGAGACACCCGGACGGGGAGUGACAGAGGACAGGUCAGGCCCAGUCUGUGAACCCGAGGAGACGCCAUGAAGGAGAAAUCUAAAAAUGCCGCCCGGACCCGACGGGAAAAGGAGAAUAGUGAAUUUUAUGAACUGGCCAAACUGUUGCCGCUUCCCUCCGCCAUCACCUCCCAGCUGGACAAGGCCUCCAUCAUCAGACUCACCACCAGCUACCUGAAGAUGAGGAUAGUCUUUCCUGAAGGCCUCGGGGAGUCCUGGGGUCACGUGAGUCGUAGUUCUCUGGAUGGAGUCAGCCAGGAAUUAGGCUCCCAUCUCUUACAGACAUUAGACGGCUUCAUUUUCGUGGUUGCUCCAGACGGGAAAAUAAUGUACAUAUCAGAAACGGCAUCAGUCCACUUGGGCCUGUCGCAGGUAGAGUUAACAGGAAACAGCAUUUACGAAUACAUCCAUCCAGCAGACCAUGAUGAAAUGACAGCCGUCCUCACAGCCCACCAGCCUUACCAUUCACACUUUGUCCAAGAAUAUGAGAUGGAGCGCUCGUUCUUUCUGAGAAUGAAAUGUGUCCUUGCUAAAAGAAAUGCUGGUCUCACCUGUGGAGGCUACAAGGUGAUCCACUGUAGUGGCUACCUGAAGAUCCGUCAGUACAGCCUGGACAUGUCUCCGUUUGACGGCUGCUAUCAGAACGUCGGGCUGGUGGCGGUCGGUCACUCGUUGCCGCCGAGCGCAGUCACUGAGAUCAAACUGCACAGCAACAUGUUCAUGUUUAGAGCGAGCCUGGACAUGAAGCUCAUCUUCCUCGACUCACGGGUUGCAGAGCUGACAGGUUACGAGCCUCAGGAUCUAAUAGAGAAGACGCUCUAUCACCACGUCCACAGCUGUGACUCCUUCCACCUACGCUGUGCUCAUCACUUGUUGUUGGUGAAAGGUCAGGUUACCACUAAGUAUUACCGCUUCUUGGCCAAGCAAGGUGGCUGGGUCUGGGUUCAGAGUUAUGCAACCAUUGUGCACAAUAGCCGCUCGUCCCGACCUCACUGCAUCGUCAGUGUCAACUAUGUUCUCACGUGA